AUGGCGCUUCACGAUCAAGUAGAUUGGCGAAGUCUCAAGGAUUCGUUAGCAUUAGAUGUCUGUCUUAUCGAGUCUGUCUUUUACAACCUUUCCAUCGUGUACACCACACGACAACGUGACCGGGAGCUGCGGCUACAUCCUGAGUCCAGCAACCAUACAGGAGACCAACAUUGCAACCAGUUGGAUGAAAAACGGUUUGCCAAAGUGGAUGUGCUUGUAGCGCUAGAAAAGACAGCGGGGUAUCUCGAGAAGCGUCCGUGGCUGCGUGUUCUUCACACUCGACUCGCCUGCGUGUCAUUUGAGAAGGAAGGAGCGAGUUUACGCGACUUCGUUCGGUCUCGUCAACGAGACCGCACAGUGAGUCUACGUGACGUCAGACGUCGACUUGAAGCCAUUUACGCUGAUGCCAAACUCUCGACAGAAGUUGAAGAGAGACACAAGAACUUCGUCGCGCAGGCUCGAGCUGUGUCUCCGUGGUGUGUUCGAAAUCCAAAGUGGCUACAUUCGUCUCCAGCUCGACAGCUCUACGGUGUUCAUAUACUACCCCCACGUCGUGUGACGGAGGAAGAGCUGCAAGCCCAACGUGAGUGUGUGGCGAGCCACGCGCGCGCAGUUGUCAGUGCUGCUGUGGGUGUCGUUAUGGACAAGAUGUUAGCACCUUAUCUAACGCGACCAAAGACAACAGAGAGAUGCACGGGGCGACGUCUUGCUGUCGACUCUGCAAGAGCGAGUCCAGUUCUGCCUGCGAGCGCUGAGACUGGAACUUCUAGCGCCCACAGCUGA